UUCGGCAUACAACUCGUUUUGGAUUUCUUCUACCUUCUCAGUGCCUACACAUCUCAUAGUCGAGCUCAUUUGAUCUGGGAUUCUGCAUCUCGUCUGGAGCGCCGGUCAUCUAUAUUGUCAGAGAUUCCUUCCGUGCACUUUUUGGGUCCGGAUUGAUUAAGUUAUUCCACUCUUUUUGGAGCUGUGUCUGUCUGUGGAGCUGUGUGCACUCGGCUGGGUUGGAACGAUUCUGGCUCGCGCGCUGCCUUGAUCUGUAUCGAUAGAGGAAUGUUGGAGCUCGUAUGCGUCGUGUGCAUUGGUUUUUUAGUUUAAGAGUGAGGACUCGGGUGGUGUUUUAUUUGGGCUUUUCGUCACCAACCUGUCGACAACGUCGUGUUUGAGGGUGGAGCUGUUGUACCUUUGGAAUCGUCCUUUCUUAGCACGAGUUGCGUUUGCGUAGUGUUUGGGGUAGAGUGCGUGAGUGUUUUGUUUUUGUUUUUUGUUUUUUUUGUUUUUCCCUCUCCUCUUUCGGUUGUGAGUUCUCCGAACUAUACAAGUCAACAUGCCUUGCCUGUGUUCUCCCUCCACCCACGCUGGCUCGUUCCGGUGCCGCUUGCACCGUUCUCAUUCGUGGGGCGGACGUACUUACGUGCCGAGGUCGGGUGAGGAUUUGGAAAUGUCGACGGAUUCGUUGAUUGAGAACUGCUUGAAUAAGGACUCGAAGUCAAACUUGAAGCCCGUGUCUUCACUCCCUGCUCCCUCGCGCACUCCAACUGUUAGGAGUCCACCGAAGGGGACAAGCAGGUUGCGGAACAUGGUGUGCAGCUCAGACGAGGAGGACGAAGUUGUUAAGCCAUCGGUCCCUGUCAUUGAACGUAUGCCCAGCAUGAAGAUGGCAUCGGGAACUGGAGGCAGCUAUUCUUCGGCGCCUGGUGGGCGUGCCGCCAUGUUCAGGAUGCUCAAGACUGGCCAACCGAUUUCUAGGAUCUACUCAUAAUGCUAUCAAUCCUUGGUAGUGUUCCCGACACAUGUAUGAUAUCUUGGUCUCUCUUCUGUAAUUAAUUAGAGGUCAUAUGCCCGCUCCGAUUCUACUAAGCGUCGGCACAUGAAACGCGUAACUUUGUAUAGUUCUACGAGUCGUUUUUUUUCUUUUACACCGGUUUGCACACCGGAUCUACUGCCGCCUGUUUGAUAUCGAAUAGAAGAGCUUGGUUCCUCUAUCGAUUGCCACAAAAUUUUCGAGACCCAGUGCUAGGACCUUAUCUUUGUAGAGAUGAACAGUCAUUGUCGUCCGAGUUUUGUGGACGAGUUUUGUACACAGGGUGAGCAUCAUUUGUGCUCUAUAGCAUGAUGUUUUUUCUAGUCGUGUAA